GGUACAUUGGCAGAUUCUCAAUCAUCUCCUCCACUCUGCAGGAAACAAACAUCAUUGCUCCCAAUAACCAAUCCUUAUCAUCGUAUAGAAAUCUGAGCACUUAAGUCUAUAAACACUUUUUGCUUCUUCUCCUCCUCCUCCUCCUUCUACAACUUCUAGUAUAAACUUUCAAUUUAAAUAUCUGUCAAUCUCUAUCACCUUUUUCUCAUAACAUACCAACAAGUCCAUCCUUUUACAUACUUGCUUCCCAUGAUGAGUCAUUCUUCAUCAACAACUUCUGUCAAUGGCUUCUACAACUUCCUCACCAGGGGCCUUGACAACCUGGACCAUUUAUUCCUCUCGCAAAAUUUCAUGUCUUUCCAGUUUCUUCAACAUGUUCUCUCCUUGCUCCAAUCCUUUCACUCCCAGUUGACCUUUUUGAUUCAGAAGCUUCACUUGCCUGUUGGCGAGAAAUGGCUCGACGAAUACAUGGAUGAAAGCUCCAGGCUCUGGGAGGCCUGCCACAUACUGAAAUCAGGGGUAUGCAACAUGGAGAACUACUACUCUGCUGGAACCAAUAUUGCUUCUUCUCUUGAUGAUCAUGCUAUUUUAAACAUGCAACUUUCCCGCCAGGUAUUUCGAGCACUCACCGGUUGCCAAAGGGAAAUAGUGGCAUUGGAAGAGGAAAACAAGAGCUUGAUGGAAUCAAGGGCCCAACAUCUAGCAUUGAGGUUCGAUGAAAACGUGCUGAUUGAAUCAAAGUUCAAUGGGUUCACCGGAUUUCGAGGUGUCCUGUAUGCAAUGAGGAAUGUCAGCUCAUUGCUUCUGUUGAUCAUGCUCAGUGGCCUUGUUUACUAUUGGCCCCACACCAGCCUCUGGCAAGGAGAUUAUGAAGGGAACAUGGUAUUUGGAUCGGCCUUCAUGGUCUCAACGGCAAGAUUGCAUCAGAGAGUUGCUGCAGAGAUAAACCAUAUCCAAGGACAGCCAAGAAUCCUGCUUCAUGAGUUCCAGAGGGCGAGGAUCGCAAUGGAUGAGCUGAAAGAGGAUUUAGAAAGAAAAAUGAUGUAUGAAUCAGAAAUAGACAUUCAGGAUAAGGCUGAAAAUUUCAAGAAUUGCUUUGACAUGCUCAAAGCUGGUGCAGAAAGCAUGGUUGCCCAACUUGAUGACUUCUUUGAUGAAAUUGUUGAGGGAAGAAAGAAGCUCUCAGACAUGUGUACUCAUAGGUAAGAUUAAGACUCAGAAGAGAGAGGAGAGGAGAUUCUUCCAUAUGUUCCAAUAUUCCAAGCUGCAAUCCUUAGCUUUAGUAGGGAGACUAGAGAAACAGAUUGGUGAUCAUCAAAGUGUAAGAAAAUCAGUUAGUGGAGUAGUAG